UCUCUCCCAUUGGUACUUCAUCCUUGUUUCCACAUCCAUUUUAAGAUGUUCCUGUCAGAAGGUUGAAACAGAGUCAGUACAGUACAAACAGACUUGAUUCAGGAUCAAAAAUGAGUACCAUGUUCUUCCAGAUGUCUUGCCACCUGUUCGAGAGUCUCUGUCCCAUAGAGCAACCUUGACCUCUCCUGUUGGUUUCCUGCAUGGAGAUAAUAGAAGGUAUGCUGGAAUGAGGAGCAUGGAUUCGUCUGAUCGCGAUCGCCCAGUCAGCUACAGUUCUACAUCUUCCUCUGCCUCAUCUAGGGAUAGCCACUGCUCCUUGAGCAGUGGGAUGACUCUGGUCUCCAACAGCCACUUGGGCCUUGCUGGCCAAGAGAAGGAAGCUGGGGCCAUCCGGUUGGAGCUGAUCCCGACAGGGCACUUGUCCAGCACCAACAAUUGUGCAAAGAUUAAUUUGCCACGUAUGAAUUCUGGAGAGGUGGAUGAGAAGAGGACCGGAGUCAUUGGAAUCAAAAGAGUCGACUCUAGGGGGUCCCACAAGAAUCGUGCAAUGUCACCAGGAGCAGCAUCUGCAAGACCCGGGCUGCUUUAUGUGGACAGAGUGGUGCAGGAAAUCCUGGAGACUGAGCGGACCUAUGUUGAAGAUCUGAGGAGCAUUGUGAAGGACUAUCUUGACUGCAUCACUGACCAAUCACGGCUCCCACUGGGGACAGAAGAACGCUUGGCUCUGUUUGGAAACAUCAGAGAUAUCUAUCAAUUUAACAGAAUGAUUAAGAAGGCCUUGAAGGCUGAGAGGAGUGUUAAGAUGUUUGUGUAA